AUUCACAAUAUUUCCUUGGGGGUGUAGAAAGACGCUACCGGUACCCAGCGCCGUUUCUUCUUUGCAUAUUCUCUCUCUCUCUCUCUCUCGUGUAGCUGGAGCAUAAUGGCGGAGCCGGCGGGAAACGGCGGAGAUUCUGGCGGCUCUGAGCUCCUGCUGCCGGAGAACGGUGGGAGGCGGGAGGAAUCGUGGCGGCUGAACUUUGACGGGUUUCAGAGGUCGGAACUUCCAGAGAAGCCUUCCGGCGGCCUCCAUGAUUGCCUCGGGGUCCUCAAAACUGGCAAUGAGGUGGCUGAGUACUACCAGCAACAGGUUGAGAUGUUGGAGGGCUUCAACGAAAUGGAUACAUUGGCAGAGCGUGGUUUUCUUCCUGGACUAUCAAAGGAAGAGCGUGAAAAAAUUGCUAGGAGUGAGAAAAAUGCGAUAAGGAUAUCAAAUGUCGCAAACAUGGUGCUUUUUGCAGCCAAAGUUUAUGCUUCAGUAAGGAGUGGCUCGUUGGCAAUUAUUGCAUCUACACUGGAUUCUCUUCUGGACCUUUUGUCAGGCUUUAUCCUCUGGUUUACUGCAUUUUCAAUGCAAACACCAAAUCCUUAUCGAUAUCCUAUUGGGAAGAAGCGGAUGCAGCCACUGGGUAUCCUUGUCUUUGCUUCUGUCAUGGCAACCUUAGGGUUGCAAAUAAUUUUAGAGUCUGUCCGCACACUUCUGUCUGAUGACAAUGAGUUUGCUUUGACUAAGGAGCAAGAACGAUGGGUGAUUGGCAUUAUGGUGUCUGUGACUGUAGUGAAGCUCCUUCUUGUCAUCUACUGUCGAUCAUUCAAUAAUGAGAUUGUUAAAGCUUAUGCACAAGAUCAUUUCUUUGAUGUCAUAACAAAUGUUAUUGGUCUCAUUGCUGCCCUUCUGGCUAACACUUUUGAUGAUUGGAUCGAUCCCAUUGGUGCUAUUGUGUUGGCUUUGUACACCAUACGGACAUGGUCUGUUACUGUGCUUGAAAAUGUGAAUUCCUUGGUGGGUCGUGCUGCAGCACCAGAUUACCUACAGAAGCUUACAUACCUCUGCUGGAAUCAUCACAAAGCUAUCAAGCAUAUUGACACUGUCCGGGCAUAUACAUUUGGCUCGCACUACUUUGUGGAGGUUGACAUAGUCUUGCCUGCUGACAUGCCUCUGCAGGAAGCUCAUGACAUUGGUGAGGCAUUGCAGGAGAAGCUAGAGCAGUUGCCUGACAUUGAGAGGGCUUUCGUGCAUCUCGACUAUGAGUAUACACAUAAGCCCGAGCAUGCACAAUCUCAUGUAUAGAUCGAACGGACUUAAGGGUGGUGAGCACUGUGGCAAACCCAAAGUCUGUCUUUGGCAUCCCAUGGAAGUUUUUUUGGCAUUUUCAUGGCAUUUGUUACGUGUUAUGGAAAUCAAAGUGACUGUUUCCAUGUCGCUUUUUUUUUAAAAAGUUUGGGGGACGGAGGAACGGACUGCUGUUAUGCAGUAGCUACGUUCUUGGUUACGCGUAGGGAGACCUUGAUAUUAAGAAGGAUUGUGUAGCUGAAAUAUGGAAGAAAGGGUUUCUAAUUGAAAGUGGUUGGUUAUCCGUCAUUAAAAUGUUACAUAGCAUGUGUGAGCAUAUUUACAGUUAUUCUGUUCUCAGCUUGGUACCUGUUUAAAAUGGCUGACGCAUCAUAAAGGUUGUAAAUUUUAGUGCAAAAUUUUCUAGCAUUCUAUUGAAUUUACGGUGAAUAUGUUUGGCCGUUGUAUGGGCCGCCCA